AUGGCGUCUCCGGCCACGGUUCCGUUUACUUCCGUCGACACCACCACGCGACAGCUGACCAAGGACGAGGUUGAGUCGCCGAGCAUCUCCAGCGCAAAUGCGCUUGCCCGCUACGAGUACGAGGCGGGCCACGCAAAUGCCACCACGGGCACCAAGAUCCUAAUGGUCGAGUGGGAGGACGACGACACAACGCGGGGAGUGCGGGGAGACUGGCACAUCUCAUGGGAUGGCAGCACACGGGUCCUGCCCGCCAACGACCAGUCGGCCAACGACGUGCAUCGCAUGUACUUUCUGCUACCCCCGGGCGUCGCGGUACCCACCAGUGUUACACUCACGCUACGACCGCAAGACGGUACCAGGGCUCCUGUUGUCUGGCAUACAAAUCCCCUUCCGGCAUUGUUUCCGCCAGAGCUAGGGGCGUCGGCGCGGGCAGCGGGCAAGAAGGGUGUCCUGCACACCAUUUGGGCAAAGAAAAGGCUGCAGGUGCUACAGAAGGAGAUUGAAGCAGAGUCACGUACAAACGUCGAGGGCGUCGGCCUGCUCAUGGCCGUGCAAGAGAAGGAAUGGAUUGAGUCAACAUUCGGAGUCAAUGCCAAACCCGCAGGCCUAAGUAUCUCACUUGGCGAGCCCGUGCUGGCACCGAUGAAGGCGCCCUCUAGCCCACGGUCUCCUGGCGGGGGCCGCCUCAUGGACAAGCUGGCAGGACUGCGACUAGGCACGAGUGAAAAGGACCUCUCACCCAGCAAUAGCACGCCGGGCUUCUCCAACCCCCUAUCGCCCGAAUCUUCAGACAUUGCCAUUAGUUCUUUUGCGGUCUUCAAGGGCGCAAAUCCAGCUAGCCUUGCGGCAAAGCCACCGCAACCACCUCAGCAGAGUGCUGGCAUGGGCUCGUUAAACGCCUUGUCUGGCCCAGCGCCCAUUUUUCAAUCUCGAGGUCCACUGGGGUCUGCAGACGACGACGAUAAGGACGAUGGACUCUUCGCGUUGCCUAUCAGCCCACGGAGCCCGGAAGUAGGCAAGAGUCCCUUCUCGUUUUCAGCCAGUGACACGGCACCUUUUUUGAAAGAAGAGAGUGCUGCGUGA